CCGAGACACACACACAGACGAGACGCACGAAGACACGACUGACAAGAUGAUUCAUGUACGACGACCGACAGCAGCGGACACGCUACUACAAUCUGGCGACGAGGAUUUUGGAAUUUAACGCAGAAAACAAGGAAAAAAGAUGCAAGAAAUGCGACCAGUACCAAUGUUGCUGUGCGAUAAAAUCGAAACUGCUAAACUCGCAACAGAAUGGAAAAUUUGGAAGGAAGCGUUGGAAUGCUACUUUGCAGCGUACAACGUAACGGACCAAACGGAGAAAAAAGCAAAACUACUACAUCUCGGAGGACCGGCACUACCGAGAGUGUUUAAAAAUUUAAAAGAUCAUGAUCAUGUGUCUUUGGUUAUGUUGGAACCGCGCUGGUAUGACCAGGCAGUUGAAAAACUGGAUGAGUUUUUCGGACCGCAGUAUCAAGCUACAACGGAGAGACGCAACCUGCGAAUGAUGAAACAAAAACCAGGUGAACGUUUUGCGGAAUAUUUGAUUCGUUUAAAACAACAGGCAUCUCAGUGUGGAUUUGACAAGUACAGUAAAGAAGUAGCUUCAACACUGCGGGACAUAUACUUAACAGAUGCAGUAGUUCAAGGAUGUUCUUCCAAUGAAGUCCGACGGAAAAUUUUGCAGAAAAAUUUGAAGUUUUCGGAAAUCGAAGACAUGGGAGUUGCGCAAGAGAGCAUAGAUAAUCAAACAGCUGAAAUGGCAGCUGGACCAUCAUCUGAAAAAGUGUUUAAAAUCGAGCACGGCGGAAGAAAAGGAAAUCCCAGAGCGGAAUAUAAGGGAUCCAGACAAGUUGAAAACAGGCGUAAUGAAAAGGCUUGUUUCAAUUGCGGACGUGUAGGACACUUUGCGGCAUCUUUCAAUUGCCCUGCUCGCGGGAAGGAAUGUAGAAAUUGUAAGAAACUUGGUCAUUUUGAACAAAUGUGCCGAAAGUUUAUGGAGAAGGGUCCGACUAAACGUCAAAUAAGAGCAAUUGACGAAUCAUCAGAGGCAAAACAACCGAAAACUGAGGAGGAAACACAUAGUUCGAAAGUGUAUUAUGCAUUCUAUUCAGGGAAUGAGUCAAACGUAAUAUCUUGUAUGCUUGGAGGAGUUUCUCUUGAAAUGAUGGUCGAUUCAGGCGCUGAUGCCAAUUUAAUUCCUAGUGAAAUGUGGGAGGAAUUAAAAAAUCGGAACAUAGCGGUAGUUUCAUCAACGAAACGAAGUUCAAAGAUCUUGAGGGCAUACGGAAGCAAAAAACCACUCACAAUAUUAGGCACUUUUGUUGCGGAGGUUGCUGUAGGGGGCCAACGCAUUCAAGCGGAGUUUUUUGUGGUAGAAAAAGGACAACGUUGCUUACUGGGUGACAAGACGGCUAAGCAACUAGGUAUUUUGAAAGUCGGGCUAGACAUAAACAGAGUGCAAGUAGAUCCGUUUCCAAAAAUGAAGGGCAUAACAGCAAAAAUCAAGAUGAAUCCACAGAUCAUCCCGGUCUAUCAGUCAAUGCGACGAAUUCCGAUACCUUUGGAGGAGUCAGUAGAUCGGAAGUUAGAUGGAUUGUUAAAAAGGGAUAUAAUCGAGAUAAAGACAGGCCCGACGACAAGGGUUUCGCCAUUGGUCGUAGUGGGAAAGUCAAACGGAGAGCCUCGUUUGUGUCUUGAGGAUUCGCGAGACGUGACAACUUUCAUAACCCGACGAGGGUUGUACCGUUUCAAGCGGCUGCCGUUCGGUUUGGUGACUGCUCCAGAGUUAUUUCAAAAGGCGAUGGAUGAGACUCUAUCUGGUUGCGAAGGAACAAUUUGGUAUCUCGAUGACGUGCUAAUUGAAGGUCAAAAUUUGCAGGAGCAUGAUAAAAGGUUGAAUAAGGUAAUGGAAUGUUUGAAUUGAAUUGAAUGUAACAAAUCUAUUGAAUAAAUGGGUCUUUUCUAUCA